AUGGCACACGACGACCCGACGACGAGUGCAGUUGUGGCUGCUUCUGAAGCAUCUACCACUACUACUGACCGUGCGCUGACGGAGGUGGACAGCACUGUGAUGACUCCUGUGGAAGGAGGAGAAGGAGACGGCGAUGUGGCGGCGCGCGCCGAUGACGACGCUCUCACUUCUACUCAGGCUGAUGCUGCUGCUGAUGCUGAUGCUGCUGCGGCUGAUGCGGCUGAUGUUGCCGAACACCAUGGCGUCGUGUCGAGUGAUGACGGCGGCGGCGUCCCGACAGAGGCGGAUCACAGCGCGUUGGUGGCGGAUGACGAUGUUGUCGCUUCAUCGUCCUCGUACCACUCUACCGUCGAGCAGACCGAGACCGAGGUAGCCGUGCAAGACCCAAUCACGAUGCAGCCACAGAGCCAGGCGCUUGAUGCCGACCAACAGCUGUCCAACGCCGAGUCAGCAGACACGGAAACGCCAACAGCACCAGUCGCUGCCGCCGUGCAUGCCAAGCCGGCGCGACCCCCUCCGCCAGUCCGAAGCCAACUCCAAACGCCGAGUAGUGCAGACCACGCAGCUCAUGACGUUCAUGCUGCUCAGAGUGCUCCUCCUGCUGCAGCUGCAGCUCCGAGCAAACUCAACAUGAUUCACAAUUGGUUUGGAAAAUGCUGCUGCGCCCGCCGGGGCAGGCAGUGGCACGUCUGCCCCGAGCAACACUGCGCAUGGCAAGACCCCAACUGUGAGCAGUCGACCCCAACUCACCAAGCAGCCUAUGGGUUUCGUGCGCCAGUUCCAUCGAGUGCGCAGCAACACCAUCCUCCCCAGCACCCCACUGGCUCAUCUGCGUCUGCUACUCCCGCUGCUUCUUCUACUCCUGCUGCCCCUGCUGCUCCUGCGACUGACGCUGCUGCUCACGGACUGGCUGCGACAUCUUCGACAGUUUUCUACUCGCCACCCCGCACGCCCGUCAAAGAAACAACAGCCAUUCAGGAGCUGACCGAGUCUCAAGUACUGUGGUUUGUGCAGUCCGAAGACCGCAAGAAGUGGCUGCCCUUCUCGCAGCACGACUCGUUCAACCUCGAACGAGCCUAUCGCAAAAAUGGACUGCACAAAAAGCCCAACCCUGCGCGUAGACCUUCGUCCGUUGGUGGAACGCCAACCUUGCCGUCCGCCUCACCACCCACGACUGCUCAGAAAGAUCCCCACGCCGGCGAUGCCACCCCCGGCAAGCCAGACUCGCCCAGUUCGACCUCACCCACCCCCGCAGCAGACGACGACAAGGACGUGCUCGUGUCCGUCCGCGGAGACUUGUUUGAAGUGAACUUGAACCAGCGCACCUGCUACUCGAUCUAUUGGACCAGCGAUGCGUUCGACGUCUUGCGCGGUACCUGGGCGCUUGUGGCCGGCUCUGGCGUCGAAUGGGUCCCAUGCAGCGAGUAUGACGCCGAGGAAAUUGAAACGUUGUAUUCCUGCAAGCCCUGGGAAGCCCAUACAACACCUCCUGCUGCACCUGAGCCCGGCCAUCCUGGAAUCGAUGCUCCGGUGCCACAAACGUCCAAUGCGAACGCUCAUGCGUGGGCCUCUGCAGGUGGCAAUGGUAGCGACGAUCUAGCCGCUCCGAUGGCGGCGCCAACUCCGACAUCCCACCCGGCCCCAGCAACAUCAGCGUCCCAGCAGGCCCCCGCUGCCCACUCGAGCGCGGCAGCGCCUCCGCUGGUCGAGCACCCACACCCCCUGUCUGACAACCGGCGAUUCAUCAUCUUCUAUUCCGAAGGCGACGUCGUGCUCUUCCACAACGAUGUCACUUCCAAGGUCACGCGCGCAAUUGGUCAGAACAUUGGCGGCAGCGACCGCAUCGGAGGCACCCAGCUUCGCCGUGGCUUCCGCGCCAUGGACGAGGCGCCGCACGACUGCAGCACAUCCAGGGACCUCGAGUGCAAGCCAGUGUCGCACUUGGUCCUCGUUGUCCACGGCAUCGGCCAAAAGCUCGAAUACUGCGACAUCAUUUCGAACGUGGCUGACUUUCGCAAUGCCGUUGCAUCCUUUGCCACCAACCCGAGCCUGGCAACACUCGCCGACUCUGCCCUGCAAAGUGUCCUCCCGAGCAUGCUGCGGCCAACGCCAGGCGGUACCCACACCUCCGAUGCCAUCAACGAGCUGACCAAGCACGUGCAAAACACACAGCACGAACUGCAAAAAGAGACGGAUUCGCAUCCCUUGUCCAAGUCACCAUCGCCCAAGUCGGACGCCAAGAGUGACUCGAAGCACGGCUCCGAGCCAGCAUCGGCCUCCACCGAGCCCGUGUCCCCAUACUGGCUCCAGGAGCGAGUCAAGUUCCUCCCGAUCGAAUGGAGAUCUGGCACGCGAUGGGACGGCGGCCUGAGUUCGACCCAGCCGACCAUGGAUGUGCCUUCCGUGGAUGAGCUGACGCUGGAGGGUGUUCUUCCCCUUCGAACGAUUCUGAACAACUCAAUGCUUGAUGUUCUUUAUUACAUGACGCCGCGACACCACGAGACCGUGAUUGCCCAUUUGACGGCGCAGCUGAAUGCUGUCUAUGAUCUGUUCACUGCCCGUCACCCGAAUUUCGUUUCCAACGGCGGCCGCGUGAGCAUCAUGGGACACUCUCUGGGCAGCAUUCUGUCGUUUGACAUUCUGUGUCGCAAAACAGACGCACUCCGGAAUGCCAGCGAAGACACGACCGAAACUGCUGAUGAUCUGUCGUCGGCUGCGGCCUCUGGCGGCAACAACAGCAAGGCAGUCGCGCCUGAAAUCGCAAUGACCCCGACCGACUCCACGGGCAAUCUCGCCGAUCUUGCUUCCAGUCCUCGGCCCAAACAAAAGCGCCGCCAGCAGGGUGGCAAGCGCAAAGGGACCGCGUCGUCGUCGUCGGACAAUGCCGCGCCCAUUCUCACCGCGGCUGCCGAACGAGCUCAACGGGCCGUAGAUGGCGAUGACAGCGAAGAUGGCAAGGACGACACAACUACCACUACGACAACUGCAGAUGAUGCAGACCCACAGCUCAACUUUGAUGUGGACCACUGCUUUUUGAUUGGCAGUCCCGUUGGCCUGUUUACCACGCUGCGCGGCCGCCGCAUUGGUCACAACGAGGGCGAUUGUUUCCCGGCAUGCCGACGACUCUACAACAUUUUCCACCCGUACGAUCCCGUUGCGUACCGAAUCGAGCCGUGUCUCUCGCGCGAAUUUGUCGAUUACAAGCCCGCGCUCGUCCCGUACCAUCGUGGCGGCAAGCGCUUCCACAUUGACAUUCAGGAGAAGACGCAGUCGUUCAAAAACUCUGUCGCGUCCGUCAUGUCCAAGUUUUCGUCGGUCAAGCGGUUUUGGACCCGCGCGCCAGCUGCCCCGGCCGAUCAACCAGCAUCUGGAGGCACCGGGGCGACUCCUGGCAGCGCAGACAGCACCGCCGAGGCCAGCGAGCCUGGGCCCGAGUCGUAUUCGCCCGCGCAGCGCCUCAUUCGCGAAUUGUGCGAAGGCGGCCGCAUGGACUGGCAACUGCAGGAAAGCACCAUUGAAAACCAGUACCUGUCCAGCAUUAGCUCGCACCUGUCCUACUGGGGAUCGCUUGACACUGCCUUGUUUGUUCUCGCGCGCAUCUGCUCCAAGGCCUAG